GGCGGACCGGCGGCAGUGUCUCAGCAGACAUGCUUGGGGUCGGACGAGCGGUGGCGGCCGCCGUGUUGCUGUGUAUUGUCGGCUUCGCAGAGGAAGACGCCGAUGAUGCCACCUCGACGCCAGAGUUCCCGGAGGUGCAGACGCCCUUAGGCCAAGUGCGGGGCAACAUCCUAUGGUCCUUGGACGGACGGCAGAUAUUCUCCUUCCGAGGAGUGCCUUACGCACGGCCACCUGUUGGCGAGCGACGUUUCAAGCCACCAGAACCAGUAGAUCCAUGGGAAGGCGUUAUGGAUGCCACAGAGGAUGGGGCAAGGUGUCCAGAGGUAGAAAACACUGACAAAACGUCUGAAGACUGUUUGCUACUCAAUGUGUAUACAACCAGCUUGUCAGAUAGAACAGGCAAUCCUAAGAGACCAGUGAUGAUUUUCCUUCACCCUGGUGGUUUUUACGUCUACAGAGGCACCAGUGACUUGUUUGGUCCACAGUACCUAAUGGAUGAAGACAUAGUUCUGGUGACACUCAAUUACAGGCUUGGAGCUUUGGGAUUCCUAAGCACUGGAGACUCAGUUCUUCCUGGGAAUAAUGGAUUAAAGGAUCAAGUGAUGGCUCUCAGAUGGGUGCAGCAGAACAUUGCUGCAUUUGGUGGGGAUCCAGAUAGCGUGACACUUGCUGGUUAUAGUGCUGGUGCUGUCAGUGUAUGUUUGCACAUGUUGUCCCCAAUGUCUAAAGGUUUGUUUCAUAAGGGCAUUGUAAUGAGUGGAGCUGACCUGACAAGUACUGAUCCUGAUCCAGUGCAGAAAGCCAGAAAACAAGCAAGACUAUUGAACUGCCCAGAUACAUCAUCUGAAGAGAUAAUUAGUUGCUUGAGAGAAAAGGAUGCUUUGGAAAUUGCAAAAUCAGUAACACAGUUUUAUGAAUGGGGCUUUGAUCCAAUGGUUGCAUUUGGAUCUGUCACUGAGAAAGAUUUUGGAGAUGGAGCUGAAAGAUUCUUGACAGCUGAUGUCACGGAACUGUUUCUUUCAGGGAAUUUCACUCAUAUUCCAUUGAUAAUAGGAACAACUAAAGAUGAAAUCUCUUGGAAAGGCUUGGAUGUCAUUCAUGAUAAUUUGGCAGAAAAUAUGUCAAAAAAUUAUGAGACUGUAUUCCCAAUAGCCUUUUUCUAUGAACGUAAUACUCCACGUUCACGAGAAAUUAGUAGAGAGAUCCGGAAAUUUUAUUUUCAUGAUAAACCAAUAACAAAUGAUUCCAUGAUUAGUCUUGGACAAGUCUAUUCCGACAUUGCUGUAAUAUUCCCAGUGGAGCGUGUAGCCAAGCUAGUAUCUCAGCAGAACACUGAGCCUGUUUAUUAUUACCAGUUCACUUACCAAGGCAGGUACAGCUGGGCAUACAAACCAGGAACCUUGACACCUCUUGGUGUUUUGCACCAGGAUGACCUGAUUUAUUUAUUCUUCAUCUCAGCAAUGUUUCCAAAUUUUUUAAAGACUGAUCCUGAAUAUCAAACAGUCAAAAAAUUGACAAAAAUGUGGGCAAAUUUUGUUAAAAAUGGAAAUCCAACAUCAGAGAAGAAUGACCUGAUUAACAUUGACUGGCAGCCACUAAACCUUUCAAGCCCAGCAUACCUGGAGAUAGGCUCAGACCUGAUGAUGAAACAAGGCUUUUACUACAAAGACAGGAUGCAGCUGUGGGACAGAUUGUUCCCUCUCUAUCAAAAUACCACCUCUGGCACCACAAAAGAAACAGGACUAACAGUGCAACAAGUUCUUUUAGUUUUAGUUCUUUGCUGUUUCAUUAAAUAGCUCACUUCCUUAAAUCUGCAGCAAGCCGUACAAUACAGUUCUCUUGAAAGUGGAUUGUUAAUGAGAUGUUUUACAUUUUUAAAUGAUGUUUGAGAAAGUUCAUGCUGUCUUCUCUGUCAGACUGUAACAAUAACUGUAGAAAAUCUCAGAUAAUUUGUGAAGUUUUAUAAGUACUGAUACUAAAUGGAAGGAAGUCCAGUUUGAAAGCAUGUCAUACUAAUUUUGGUAGUGGGAAAUUGUGAUGUUUGUUGCUGCAUUAAGAGAGCACUUACUGUGUGGUGACACAAGGGGAAGCAGCAUCGAAUGUAUUGACUUGAAAUGACCAUAAAAAUUGAAAUUGUGUGCCAACUGCAAGGUGACACUGUACAUGUGUGUAUGAUCUGCAGUAAUAAAAUGGUGAUUAUACUGUUAAAAAUGUGUCUCUCAUUAGAAAUUAUUUCAGCACACAUUUCUUUCAGAAUUCAGUGUAGUUUUCUAUUAAAUUCAGAAAGUAAAUAAUAGCUAAGAGCUAAACUGUGAAGAUGGCCUGCAACUUUUAUAUGAUACUUAUAAUGAGCAAAAAAUAUGUCAGGAUGAGGUUUGUACUUUUUUUAAUUGGAUUCAUUUAUCUAAUGUCUUUACAUUGUCAGUUCCUAUAUACCUAUUGUAACCACUGACUUACUAUCAGUUACACUCUUAAUUUGUUUUAUCAUUUUUUGUUAAGUUAACUUAGUUGCCACCUAUUUCUGGACACUGACUCUGGGUAGAAGUGUGCAGAAGUCACAGGGAGUUCAGAGCAUCUGACAUUUCUUUAAUUUCUGUUUUCAUUGCCCUGCGGCAAGCUAGUUGACUUGUUAUGAUUACAUUCAAGUAUUAAUAUGUAUGUGGAACAGGACAAAUUUGAAUAUUCUGUAUUUUUCUUGAUGAAUCUAGUCUCUCAAUAUUGAGAGAUCUAUUAUACAAUGCUUGAAAUUAAAUAUUUGUGACUAAUUUUUUCAGUAAAAUCAAUUUCUUCACAAUUUUUCUACAUUCAAUGCUCAUAAUUUUUAAGAAGAAUAUCAGAGGACUCCAGGAGAGUGUCUGUGAUGGUGAAGCCAAAGAAAAAGAAUCAGUGCCCACUGCUUAUAUUAAAGAAAAAAGAAAAUGUUGUGAAACAGGCUUGCUGAUUUUGUGAACAUUAUAUGCAAAAGUAACAGGCAGUAUAAACAGUAAGCUAUCA